GAUCCCGACACUCCAGUCUUCGUUCAGCCUCUGCAGCAUUGGCCGGCCACUUUUUGCAGUUCCACUCGUUCAACCAAGAGAAUUCGGCAUCUCAUCGGUCUGACUGUAUACAAAUUUGUAAUUGAAUUAAAGAGAAUGGGCCACCAAUUAUUUGCCGUUUUGAUUUUGGCGCUCUGCCUUGUCGUUUCCUUCACAUCGGCAGAGCCGGGGAUUAAGCAGAAAUUCCCUCGAAUCCCGAACUUGUUGACGUUCUUCUUCCAGGGAUUGAGGGAGGCCAACAAAACGGAACCAACCACCAGCAGCAGUCAACCGCCAGCGUUACCGACUCCGUUCCUGGUGGGAUUGCAGGAAGGAGCGGCUGCCGGCAGUGAAAUCGAGAGCACUACCUUGCCGCCGAUCCUGCCCAACGCGUUGAAUUCCUAUUACAACAUCGAAGGUGAAACGCACAGCUCGGCCAUCACGCUGCCCUACUCGGGUGUCGACGGACAACGCCGUGUGGAUUUGUGCGAAGCCAAUAUUGUCGUUCCGCUGUCCAACGAUCGCAACACGUUGAUUGAGCAGACGUACAAGUCGACCAAAUUCCCGUACGAACGCACCAAUCCCCUCGUUUGCACCUGGAAUGUCAAGGUGAGUGACAAUUGCCGCCGGGGUGUCGUCACGAUGAGGAUCAACAAACGCAGUCGAUUAGCCGAUGUGGACGGAUGCAGUAAAGGAUAUUAUCGAGUCUCUCCUUUUAUGAAAGAAGCCAAGAUCUGCGGAAGGAUCGAAACUGUCCCGCCUUUUCAGUGGUUCGUCGAAGACCAGCAGCCGGAUGACGUCAGUAUCGUGUUGAAACACGCCGGACUCAACGACGGAUACUGGGAGGGAUUAUCCUUUACUCUGUCGGGUGAAUGUCUGCCAAACGAUUCCAACAUGACGAGCAGCCAGGCCUUGAAAUCUUACAGCACCUGGAUGGCAAAUCUUUCCAAGGAGUCGGAAACGGUGGAUCUCACCGUUGUCUAAAGAUGAACCAAAAAGUUCUUAGUCGCCAUUCUUUUACGACUUUAGAGUUCAUUAUCAAAUGUCUUCAAAAUAAUUAACCUAACCAUUCGCUUAAUAUAAGCUAUUUAUUUAUUUAUGUCUGUUGCUUGAUUGAUUAUUUAUUGUAUUUGGACGUUUUUAUUUUUUAAAUAAACG